AAGGCAUAUAACCUCGAAUAUUUUCUCAGUGCAAAGUGUGAAAAUUCACGAUGACUUCUUAAAUAAACGAUUCAAGCGAGUAAUAAUAAACUUUAUCAAACGAGUCAUGGAAAAUGCAAAGGACAAAAUUAGGGUUAAACAAGAAUUGAACGAUACUUGGGUAUAUGCAGGGGACAAUAAUAAUUACAAUUCAGUGUACUUGAACAAAGUCCGCAACUUUGAAACAUUCCCGUUUGAUAAAUCAUCACUCAACCACAUGAAUGAGGUUAUGGCGUUACAGAAAAAGUUAGAUGGAAACAUUUUCGUGGAUUUCGAGUGCAAAGAUGUUAAAGUUGAACUGCCGUCUCCAUCGACAACCAUCUGCAAAACUGAGUAUCCAAAUGGUCCGUCUAUUGUAAAAAUAGAAAAUGAAAAUCAGAAUGACACAUGUCAAAAUGUAAUCGUUGACUUUGAGUGUAAAAAUGUUAAGCCUGAAUUGACAUCGCUAUCGACGACCUUAUGCAAAUCAGAGUAUCAAAGUUACCUACCUACUGAGAAAAUAGAAAAUAAAACUCGGACCAAAUCCUUCGAAUGUGAUAUUUGUCACAAAUCAUUCGGAACAAAAUAUCAUCUAAAAAGACACAUAAAUACAGUACAUGGUCGCAGCAAACCUUUUGAAUGUGACAUUUGUCACAAAUCAUUUGGACAAAAAGUUACCCUCAAUGUUCAUAUAAAUACAGUACAUGGUCGCAGCAAACCUUUUGAAUGUAACAUUUGCCACAAAUCAUUUGGACGAAAGCAAUGCUUCAAUCGUCACAUAAGUGGAGUACAUGAUCGUAGCAAAGCUUUCGAGUGUGAUGUUUGUCACAAAUCAUUUGGACGAAAAAGUAAUCUCAAUCAACACAUUAAUGCAGUGCAUGAUCGUAAUAAGCCUUUCGAAUGUGAAAUUUGUCACGAAUCAUUUGCACAAAAAAGUAACCUCAACAGACACAUAAGUGCAGUACAUUAUCUUAGCCAACCCUUUGAGUGUAAAAUGUGUCACAAAUCAUUUGGAUACCAGAGUCAUUUCAAAAGGCACGUCAAUGCAGUACAUGAUCGAAGCAAACCCUUCGAAUGUGAGAUUUGUCACAAAUCGUUUGGAUACAAGCAUAUCCUCAAAAUUCACGUGAAUGAAAUACAUAUUUGUAACAAACUCUUUGAGUGUAAUAUUUGUCACGAAUUAUUUGCACAAAAAAGUAACCUCAACAGACACAUGAGUGCAGUACAUGAGCAUAGCAAACCUUUCGAAUGUGAUAUUUGUCAUAAAUCAUUUGGACGAAAAAGUACCCUCAAAACUCACAUUGAUACAGUUCAUAAUCAGAGCAAACCCUGUAUAUGCGACAUUUGCCAUAUAUCAUUUGCAUACCAGAAUAACCUAAAAAGUCACAACAUGACUGUACAUGAUAGAAGAAAACCUUUUGAAUGUGAGAUUUGUCAAAAAUCAUUUGGAGAAAAAAGUAAACUUAAAAAGCACAUAAGUACAGUACACGAUCGCAACAAAGCCUUUGAAUGUGGAAUUUUUUCACAAAUCAUUUGGAUACAAGAGGUACCUCGAUAAACACAAUAAUUUAACACAUAACAGUAAUGUCAAUAAACACAUAAGAGCAAUACAUGAUCGUAACAAACCCUUUGAAUGUGAUAUUUGUCAGAAAUCAUUUGGAGACCAGAAUGGACUCAAAAGGCACAUCAUACAAGUACAUAAUUGAAGCCAAAUUUAGAAAAUUAAAAAUCAUUUCGAGACGUUUGGAUAUAAUGAAGACUCCUACAACAUGUGUACAC